AUGGAUUUAACUACGUCAUCGUGGUCGCUGCUAGUUGAAGGUAAUCUAACCACAGUUUACAACGACCAGCAAUACGGGAAUAUAAGCAACGCACUAUCAGACGAGCGACUAAAGAACGUGAACUUCGUCAAUGCUUUGAUCAUCGCCAGAAACAUAUAUGUCCCAGCCAUCGCUCUGAUCGGCCUGGCAGGAAAUUUCAUUUCGCUGGCAGUUUUCUCCAUGAGCCAUUUGCGCCACGUCUCAUCCAGCGGUUAUCUGGCAAGUCUGGCAUGCGCAGACAACCUCUUCCUGCUCUCCAUGUUCAUCACGUGGUUGGACGGCAUAGUUCCGAUUCUUGUCAACAGGGAGAGCUGCAGCUUCAUCAUGUACGUGACGUACGUAUCCAGCUUCCUGUCCGUCUGGUAUGUCGUCUGCUUUACCGGAGAGCGCUACAUCGCCAUCUGCCACCCGCUCCACGCUCCGAUGAUCUUCUCCAAGCUGAAGGAGAAAUUCGUCAUAAUAUCCUUCGCCGUUCUGUCUUGCAUAAUAUACAACUUCGCGUUCUGGACGAUCGACGUUUCAGAGUUUUCCCACCGGAAGUCCUGUUCCAUGAUCCCGUCGAUCGGAGAUAUCAUGUACGUGAUCACGUGGAUAGACACGGUGAUCACAAUGGUGCUCCCGUUCCUGCUGAUCGUCUUCAUGAACGUCAGGAUAGUGUGGAGCGUGUACCGGUACCAGAGGAAGAGAGAGAAGAUGGUGCAGGCCACCGCGCGCCAGAAGGACUCUGCGUUGAAAAACAGAUCACAGAGACGCAUCACCAGAAUGCUGUUGCUCGUCUCCACGACCUUUCUCGUCCUCAAUCUGCCCAGCCACGUCUCGCGCCUGGAGCAGCUGUUGUCCACGUCGUCCCACAACUAUUUGUUCAAGAGACUCAUUCACGAAAUCGUGCUGAUGCUGUACUAUUCGACUUUCAGCAUCAACUUUUUCCUCUAUGCCAUAUAUGGCAAACACUUCAAGAAAUCUCUGAGUAUACUGGUGAGGAAUCUGUGUCGACGGAAGAAAAAAUUUAAUUCACACGAUCGAUGGCGAUCGGAGGUGAACAGGACGUCAAUGACAUCAUUGCAUAAGUGA